UCGAUUGGUAGCCUAAUGGUUGGAAACUAUAGUGGGUGCUUGUGCAUCCGUGCCUCAAGGAUAUGGGACUUCUACGAUCCUCGUGAUGAAACAAAGCUGCUGCAUAUUGAUCUGGUGCUCAUUGAUAAAGAGGGAAAUAGCAUCCAUGCACAGAUCUACCCGCCAAUAACUGAAAUGUUCAAGCCUUUGAUAAAAGAAGGAAGCGUUUACAAUAUCUCAUUUAUUCAGGUUAAAAAGUCAAACAGGAUGUACAAGCCAGUUAAAAAUGAUAUCAUAAUCAACUUUACAAGGUGGACCACAGUGGAGGAGGUUGUUGAGGUCCCAACCGCUUUUCCUGUAAUUACAUACUCCCUCACUCCCAUAGACAAGCUCCCAUCACAUGUGGAGGAUAGGGAGUACUUCACAGAUGUCAUCGGCACAGUCACUGGGAUCUCAGGUGUUUCACCGGUACGACCAAGAUCACAACAGGCUGACACCUUGAAGAGAACCGUCACAAUACGCGAUGCAAGCAAUGUUUCACUGGAUGUUGUGCUUUGGGUUGAGCGGGCCACUUCAUUCCCAGCUGAACAAUUGCACAAAGAUGGACAGAACUCACCACAGAUUGUAAUCUUUGUUGGGACUCUUGUUAGGAGCUAUGCUGUUACACUAGCUCAGCAACUAGCUUACAAUGAGCCCAAUACUUUUGUUGCUGAACACAGAAAAGUCUCUGAUAUCAAGUACCUCCACCCGUUCACGAACAAGAAAACGGAAUGGCUGGUCACAGUUAAGGUAAUGAAGAUUGAUAAGUCAUGGUGGUAUAACUCAUGCAAAAAGUGUCUCAAAACAGCCAAGCCUCAUGGCAACACCUUCAAGUGCACUAAUCACACAUGCAACACCAUUGGCGCGAUUAACCCAAGGUACAAACUCGCCAUCACCGCUGGAGACGAGACAGGCGACACUGAAUUUAUCUUGUUUGGACGCAUUGCACAACGCCUCAUAAAAAGGACAGUUGAUGCUCUCAUCGCUGACAAUCCACCUAGAUUUAUCCCAGAUGAAAUCACGAGACUGCUAGAGAAGGUUUUCACAUUCAAUGUCAGCUUCACAGAGAACACGAUUAGUUCUGGGAAUGUCUCUUUCCAAGUCAAUGCCAUUGUAGCAGAGAUUGAUGAUGGGAAUCCCCUUCCACUGACGCCGAUAGGGUCACAAUCAUCAUCACUUGUGCUCUCUCAAAGUGCAGGCAGUAGUGUGCAAGCCACUCCAGAAAAAGAUAUCACCUUCACUUUGACUUCACCAGCCACUAGAACCAAACGAGCAAGGUCACCUGCAGCAUUGUAGGACACUGAGAGCAGCCUUAUAAAUAUGGUAGGGCCUGUUGCUACAUCACCCGUUAUAACAGGCUGUUCUACCCGUGAAACAGAGCAUAGUGCCACCCAAAAAAGGGCUCGUGCGACACCUG